CUUCAGCCGCCGGACGGAGAAAUAAAUUUUCUCGAUCCGGUUUUUUCUGAGCUUCCUUUUAGCUUUCGCUGCUUCUCUUAAUUUCUGUGAUUAAAUCUCCUGCAAAUUUUUUAACCUAAAUUACCAAAAAUGUUGCAAUCGGAGGAGACGAAAGCAGAGAUGGAGAAGAAGGUUUCUACACUUGUAAAAUAUAUCCAAAACAAAAACAAGAUUUCAAAGGAUACAAAGAAGGAGCUUGUUGGGAUGGUGAACGAUCUUCACGAGCAUUGUCACUUGCUUUACCCUGCGUUUAAUGAUUUAGGGGCUGCUUCUGGUGGAAGAAAAGGAAAACCGGUUACUGCUUCUUCAUCGAGGUCUAGUUCGGAUUUGGAUUACUAUUCUUCAGAGGAGGUAGAGAUCAGUAGUGCCGGUGGUGAAACAUUGAGCAGCUCGGUUUACUUGCUUACAAAGCUACAUGAGGCAGAGUUAACACACGGAUAUUUGAAGAGGCAGGUCAGCAAUCUCAAACAGGAAACUGAGUUCUUACGCGACCAGAACAUGGAGUUGGCUGGAGAUAUCCGAGGCAAGAGAAACGAGGACAGGGAACAUUUCAAGGGCAUGAUGAUCACAAAAGGUGAAGCUGCAUUGUUGCGUGACCAGAAAAAGGAGUUAGAAUCUCAGCUGGAGAAGAAAACCAAUGAAGUUUCGGAGACGCGGAUGCGACUGAAGCGUGUGGAGAGUGAAACUGAGGAACGGGCUAAGGCCGAGAUGAAGAUUGCUGAGGAAAAUGAAGCUUUGAGGAACAAAGUUUAUGAUCAGCAGAAGCUAAUCAAGGAACAAGAAGGUAUCAUUCACCGGUUAUCAGUGGAGAUCAAGGAUCAUCAGAAACUUCUUAAGGAACAGAGAGACUCCAUGGACAAGUUCUCAGAGGAACAGAAGCUAAUGAAACGUUGGUCAUUCGGUUCCAAGUUGAAUACCAAUCUUCUCGGGAAGAAAAUGGAAGAGUUAGCUGAAGAUUUUCGGAUGAAAAUGGAAGAUCAUCUCCGGAUACUGUACAGGAGGAUCCAUGUAGCCGAACAAAUACACAUAGAGAGCAAGAACAACUAUAUCAAUACACAAAGCAGAGGAAACAGGGGAGAUCUCACUGUCUCUGAAACCCAAUUCAAGAAAAUCAAAGAAAUGGUGGAACAAGGUCUUGCUGGACCGGAGAUGGCAAUUAAGAAGCUGGAACAAGGCGAGGAACUAACGACCCGAGUCACCAGAUUAGCUAAAGAGAUCGAUUCAGCGAGAAAGUGGGUGCAGGAGAAGAAGAGCAAUAUGAAGCAUGAGGUGGAAACUCUGGAAGCGAAGCUUGAAUGCAGAGAAGCACAAGAGACUCUGCUUAAGGAGAAGCUAUCAAAACUAGAAGCGAAGCUAGCAGAGGAAGGAACAGGGAAGCUGAGUCUAGCAAAGGCUAUGAGAAGAAUCAAAAAUCUUGAGAUUAAUGUCAAGGAGAGAGAUUUCGAGUUGUUGAGCUUAGGGGAAGAGAAGAGAGAAGCCAUAAGACAACUCUGUGUUUUGGUGGAUUAUCAACGUUGUCGAUAUGAUGAUCUCAAAGCUUCCAUUUUUAAGGUUGCUCUUCAAGCUUAAACUUCACUUCUUCUCCUUUUUUUUCUUCUCCUUCUUCUUCUUCUUCUUCUUCUUCUU